UUCUUGCCCGUUCGCGCGAGCAUUUCUUAUUAUUGACGACCUUAUCACGACGAAUCCCUGCCAUAACCGAGACACCUCACGCCACGCCCAACAAAGCCAGGUUGCGCGAGAGGACACCUUCGCGUUUCGCAGUCGCGACACACACAAUUCGAGCCGGGCCUUUGCGCCCUCCACAUACCCUCCAUCAUGCGCACAUCGACCUUGUUCCGACUGCUGGCAUUGCCUCUCAUCGGCUUCACCACCGCCGCGGACCCCGGACAAGACCAUCCAGCAGCCGCGCCUGAAUUACUCGGACAGGACAACACGAAGGCGGGUGCGAAAUACGAGGGCAAUACAGCCUCAACAACAGACGGUGGUGCCAGCGAAGGUACCACAUUUAAUGGCAAGCAUGUGCCUCCGGUCACAGAAAUCGACGGAGCCGCGCUCAAUGAAACGAUAAAGGCCGGCUACUGGAUGGUCGAAUUCUUCAGCCCAUACUGCAAGCACUGCAAACUAUUCGCUCCGGCAUGGCAAACGACAUACGAAUUCUACUACGCUUCCGAGCCCGUACCACAAUCAUCCGGCUCCGGCGAGAGUCACGACGACAUGAACAGCUUUACGCGAUACUAUGACUACAAAUUUGCAAAGGUGGACUGUGUUGCGAAUGGAGAUGCGUGCGCGGAAAAGGGCAUCCUGCAGUUCCCCACUGUGGUCGUCUACAAAGAUGGAAAGGAGCUUGAAAACAGGGUUGGAGGCAAGAGCGUAGAGGAGAUGAGCCAGUGGAUUGAAGAGGUAUUGGAGACAAUCCGUCCAGGUUCGAGACCGCCAGGUGGUCCGACAUUGCCAAAGGUUGGGGAUAAUUCGGUUGGAGAGGUGGAGAAGACGCCUGUGGCAGUGGAUAACAAGGAGGACAAGAGCCCCGAAAAGCCUGCGCCGGCGGCUCCAGUCGUCAAAACCACUCCGAAGGUGAAAGCCAACCCCGACGGUCAGUCUGUUAGCUUAACAGAGGAGACGUUCGACAAGCUGGUCACGAAUACGCGUCAGCCUUGGUUCGUCAAAUUCUAUGCACCGUGGUGCCACCAUUGUCAAGCCAUGGCUCCCAACUGGCAAGGGAUGGCAAGACAAAUGGAAGGCAAGCUCAAUGUGGGUGAGGUCAACUGCGAUGUCGAGUCAAAGCUUUGCAAGGAUAUCAAAGUUCGCAGCUUUCCGACCAUCUUAUACUUCCGCGGCGGCGAACGCAUCGAGUACGAGGGACUCCGCGGCCUCGGCGAUCUAAUGAGCUUUGCCAACAAGGCUGUAGCAACCAUUGAAGGUGUCGCCGAUGUUACGGCCGCCGAUUUUGAGGCUCUGGAGAAGAAGGAGGAGGUCAUCUUCUUGUACUUCUACGAUCAGGCAACUACCAGCGAAGACUUCAUGGCCCUGGAACGGCUCGUGCUCAGCUUGGUGGGCCACGCCAAACUGGUCAAGACCAAGGAUCCAGCUCUGAACGAACGCUUCAAGAUCAGCACAUGGCCACGCCUUGUUGUCAGCCGUGAUGGGAAGGCUUCGUACUACACUGCGCUCUCACCACGCGAUAUGCGUGACACUCGGCGAGUCCUGGACUGGAUGAGGACAGUCUGGCUUCCCAUUGUCCCGGAGCUGACUGCUCUCAAUGCUCGAGAGAUUAUGGAUGGGAAGCUUGUAGUCCUUGGAAUCCUUAACCGCGAUCGCAAGGAAGAGUUCCUCAGCGCAAAGCGUGAGAUCAAGAAUGCCGCUCUGGAAUGGAUCGAUAAGCAGACACAAGCGUUUCAACUCGAAAGGCAAGAAUUGCGCGAUGCGAAGCAAUUGCGGAUUGAGGAAGCGGAAGACCGCAAUGAUCAACGUGCCCUCCGGGCUGCCAAGCAGAUCCGCAUCAACAUGGACGACAUUGAGCGAAGAGAAGUCGGCUUCGCCUGGGUGGAUGGCGUGUUCUGGGAGAGAUGGGUCCGCACAACAUUCGGCAUCAGCGUGGCGGAUGGCGAAAGGGUCGUCGUCAAUGAUGAGCGCAAUCACCGAUACUGGGACAACACGAUGACUGGCAACCCAAUCGUGCCCAGUCGAACUUCGAUCUUGGAGACACUUCCCAGGAUUGUCGCAAACCCACCCAAGAUCCCUGCCAAGCUCACCACCAACGCCAUUGGACAUAUCUGGUGGGUCUUUAAGCAACAAGUAUCCGAGCAUCCAAUCGUGAGUGGUGGUUUGGUUGUGCUGAUCCUUGGCGCCUUGCUUUGGAAUCGGAGACGCGGAGCGGCAGGAGGAUACAUCCGCCUGAGCGAAAAGGGCGGUAUGGACGGUCUACUUGGUGGCAACUCAGGAGCAGCACAAGGAAAGGUCGAUUGA